GAGAGGAGAGAGGCAACUCUCAGACAUCUUCCCUUUCCCUUUCCUCUCUUCUUGUGCUUCCUCUCAGACAUCUCCUCUCCUGGAGCUUUUAAAGUUCAGUUCUUUCCACGUUUAUCUUGCCGGAAACGGUCCGUUUCGAGCUGCAGAAGGACUUUGUUCUGCUGUUAUCUUCUGCCUUGGUCCCUACUUCAUUUAGACCCGACAAACGGGUGGGUCGCGCUGCGGAAAGUUACCCGGCAAGGUUCGCCUAAUCCUGCAAAAAUUCGCAAACUUGGGUUGGUGCUUCGGACCUCGAACUGUUCAAAUUCAUUUAGGAAGUCAAAAAACUAAUAAUCAGUGAAAGUUGCAUUUGAUCUUUCACCUUCCAGGAUGUAUUACCUGCAUAUGACAUGAAAACUAUUGUAUUUGACUGCUUUUCAAUGGUUUCUUUGUCAGGGUUCUCACACAAUACCAAUUGGUGAGAGCAUCUCCUUAUCCAUCCUUUUGCACUCAAUCCAUGGGUUCAGGCAAACUGAGGAGAGCCCUCGGAGCGGUCAAGGACCACACCAGCAUCGGCCUAGCGAAAGUUAGUACCAGCAGCAGCUCGGUUGCCGACCUGGAAGUCGCAAUAGUGAAGUCGACUCGGCACGACGAAUUCCCGGCUGAGGAGAAGCACAUCCAAGAGAUCAUUAGCUUGACAUCCUAUUCCCGUGCGAACAUCACCGUGUGCAUCGACACCCUCUCCAGGCGCCUCAACAAGACCCAGAACUGGACGGUCGCGCUGAAGACGCUUAUUCUGAUCCAGAGGCUCCUGGCCAAGGGGGACCCCGCGUACAAGGAGGAGAUCUUCUUCGCCACGAGGCGCGGUACCCGCUUCCUCAACAUGUCCGACUUCCGCGACAUGUCGCGGUCGAACUCGUGGGACUACUCGGCAUUUGUCAGGACGUACGCUCUGUACCUCGAUGAACAGCUAGAAUACAGGAUGCUGGGACGGAAACGGAGACGUGGCAAGUACGGCCUCGAUGAAGAAGAGGAAGAAAAUGGGCAAGCUGGCGAUAGAUUCACACCGGUUCGAGACAUGAAAAAUGAACAGAUUUUUUCAAAGAUGCAGCAUUUGCAGCAACUACUCGAACGUUUCUUGGCGUGCAAGCCAACAGGUCGAGCGAAGAACGACAGAGUGAUUUUCGUGGCCCUUUACCCAAUAGUAAAAGAAAGCUUCCGAAUCUAUAAUGAAAUGAUGGAGAUCAUGGCAACACUAGUAGAUAGAUUCACGGAGAUGGAGAUUGCAGAAUGCAUCAAGGUAUAUGAGAUCUUCGCAAAAGUAGGGAAGCAGUUUGAUGAGCUCGAAAUAUUUUACGCUUGGUGCAAGAAUGUCGGCAUCGCUCGUACUUCCGAGUACCCGGAAAUUGAGCGAAUUACACAGAAGAAACUCGAUCUUAUGGACGAUGUCAUUCGCGACAGAGUAGCAGCAGCGAAAUGUGAGAGAGCGCCCAGUGUAGAGCCAAAGAAUCUUAUUGUGCAAGAAACAGAAGCAAAUGAACCAGACAUGAACUCGAUCAAGGCACUGCCUCCACCCGAGGGCUUUUGCGAAUCGACUGUCGAAGAGAAGGAAGAACCAAAGAAAGAGAACACACAGCAACAAGAUGACCUGCUAAAUCUAGGAGACGAUGUGGUUGCCACCGGAGAACUCGGAGAUGAACUAGCAUGGGCCUUAUUUGAUGGCGGCGCACCAUCGGUUGGUCCUGACCCGACACCCAAAUGGGAGGCAUUUGGUAAUGAUACGGCAGACUGGGAAUCCUCACUUGUGCAAUCGGCAAGCGGUUUAUCAAAUCAAAAGACGACACUAGCCGGCGGUUUGGAUAUGUGGCUGUUCAAUGGAAUGUAUCAGCAGGGAGCAACAGCCGCAGCUAGGCCUAGUGCAGUAAAUGCAGGCAAUGGAAGUGCAAGUAGUGUCAUGGUCAGGUCAGCCGACAAGUCGGCGAUGCUGGCUUUGCCCGCGCCUCCGGCUCCAGCUGUUAGGGCAACCGAUAAUUUCGUCGACCCGUUUGCAGCAUCACUCACCGUUGCUCCACCACCGUACGUGCAGAUGUCGGAUCUGGAGAAGAAGCAGCGGCUUUUGGUCGACGAGCAGCUCUUGUGGCAGCAGUACACGAGAGACGGAAUGCGAGGGCAGUUCGGGAUGGCGAACUUACAGGCUAAUACAUACAACAUGGGAAGUUACACUAGAAGUUAUUGAAGGUGUGUUAUAUUGUUUCCUAAGUACAGAGAUCUGAGCAAGUGGAUAGCAGAGCAAGAUGCAAAGACUAAUCAUUGGAAGACACCAAGGUUCUGGAUUUAUGCCUUCUCCACAUCUUCAGGCCGAAGAAGAAACCGAUCCUGAGCAU